AACUUUUUGUAAAAUAAAAUUUAUAGGAAAAAUAAUGAAAAUAACCCAAGAAGUUUCAAAUAUUUUAGGAUUUGAAAAAAGUGAUUUGAUUGGGAAAGAGAUAGAAGCAAUAAUUCCAGAAUAAUAUUAAAAAUAUCACCAUAUUUUCCUCAAGAAUUUUAUUGAGCAUGGCUUUUCAAGUUAACUUUAAAAAGAUAAACUAUUUUAGUUUGCUAUUAAUUCAAAGGGAUUUUUAGUGCCUAUAGAUUUAAGAAUCAAAAUAGAUCACUUUUCAAGUUAAGAUUACGGAGUAUCUGGAUUAAUGACUAAGAUUUCUUAAAUGACAGAAUAUAUAUUACUCACUGAUGAUUUUUGUAUUUCAAAUAUGACGGAAAAACUUUACAGAUAAUGCUUUUAAUUUUAAUUUAAGGACGAAUAUCAUCGAAUCAAGAAUAUUGAUAUUUUAAGAAUUAUUCCACUUAUUGGUGCUUUAAAUUUCAAGUAAAGCUCAAAUCUCAUUAACGGUAAAACAGUCAAUACUAUUAUGCUAAUUCCACUUAGUAAAACUAUUAUGGAGCAGCUUACAAGGAAAAGUGGUCACCCUGAGACCGAACUCUCUCUGCUACUUUGCAAAAUUUUUAUUCAUAAAUAUGCUUUCUUUGAAAUUUCAGCAGAUGUAAAAAAAAUUGAGAGUAGUAUUGGUAAAUCAUUUUACUAUAUUCAAUUUCGUUAGAUUAGAAGGAUAGGCAGAGUUUCUGAAAAGAUCGAUUAAUUUAAUGAUCUCAAAAAAGACUUAAACAGACUUCUUGGUUUAGAUCUUAAAAUGACUCAAGUAGAUUCUGAUUAGGUUGGAAAAAAGAGCAACAAUCCUUUUACUAAAACUUAUUUUUACUAGAAUGGAAGGACUUUCUUAAGCAACACUAUAACAAAUUCUUCUAUUGUUGAAUCAACUUAUUUUAAAAGCUUUGCUACCUCCUAAUAUGAUGACGAUGAUGAUAAUGAUUCUUAAUAUGUUAGCGAUUAUAAAGUAAGUCAUUAAUCUUUGAGAUAAACCCAUUCAUAAUUUAAAAGCUAAGUGGUAGAAGAAAUCAAAGAGGGAUAAGCUGAGGAAGAAGAUGAAGAAGACACUUAAGUGUUAAAUAAAUAUUCAUAAACAAAUAUGAACAACAAUUUAGAGUCAAAUUAACUGACAAAAUCUUCAUCUAAAUUUACUUCUCAAUUCGGUGUAAAUCAGAGUAAAAGCUUUGGCAUUAAGCAAAAAACGGGACUUAUAAAUAAAAUGACAAGUAGUAUUAACACUGAUGAUAUGAAUAAUUCUUCAUUAUUUUAUAGUGCUUCACAAUAACAAUUCUAAGACAUCUCUUUUAUCAAUAACUAAAAAAUGGAUGAAACAAAAGAAUUCUUUUAAACCUAGAGAGGACCAUUGACUGAAAAUGAUAAUUUAAUAACUACUUCAAGAAAUGAAUAUUAAGGUCUUAUAACAAGAGACAAUAAUAACAUUUCUAGUAUUUCCAAUAAUGAAAUAGAUUAAACUAAUAGAGAAAUUGAAGAUUAUUCCCAUAAUAAUUUAUCAGAUAAUUAAAUUUUUUCAACAACUCAGAGAAAUCCGUUGAUUGAUAAUAAUUAAUUUAAUGAUGUAAGUUUUGCAGCUUAUGAAAACAAAACAGACAAUGAUAUUUAGCAUGAAGGCUUCAAUGAUACAAGAUUAAAUAGUUCAGAAUCAAAGAGUAAUGAAGAUUAAUUUUAGAUUGAUUCAAACCAUUAACAAAGUGAUCAAAACAUAAAUUCUAAAUUUAACCUACCAUCUUCUUCAGCUAGUAAAUCUUCAAUGAAUAGCAGUAUAUAAAAAAGAAGUUAAUUUAGUCCUUAUAAAUCGAAAGAUGAUAUUAUCAAAUUGAAUUCUAUGAAAUCAUCAGUUGCCAGCUAUCGAUUAAACACUUCUAUGAAAUAAUCAAUCCGAACACAAGAAAAUUCAAGGAGAAAGAGAAUGUCUAGACUGUUUAAAAAAGUGCUUAGGUAAGUCAAAAAUAGCAUGUUCUGGAUUAAGAAAUUGAAAUAACAAUAUUAUUUUUAAGAUGAAAACGAAAGAGAAUUAGCAGUUUUAAGAGUUGAUGGUAUUUUGAUUAAAGACGAAUCAGAAAGAGGAGGUGAUAAUACCAAAACAGCUAAAUAAAAAAUUUAAACUUAAGCAGUUUUAUCUGAUUCUGAUUUUGAAGAAGAUGAGUUUGAAUCUCCUAGAAAACUAUAAUCAAUGAAAUCUCUAAAUAGAAGAAAGACCAAAUAAAAAGUUCCUAUUCUCGCCAAUAUUAAAAAUAAAAAGAAGAAAACAUCAGCAGGAGGGAGUUCAUCUUAGUAAUAAAGUGCACUCUAAAAUUAUAACGUGAAAAAGAAAAUAAUAAAGCUUAUUAAAAAUAAAAAAUCCACUCUCAGCAUCAAGUUGAUAAAACUCUUUUGGAUAGUAAGUCUGCUUUGUAUAUCUUUUGUAACCUUCCUAUCUUUUAUUUUCAAUAAAAAUAACUACGAUACUUAUAUUGCUAAUAUUCAAGAGCAGAGGCUAAUUAUAGAAAUUAUUGAAAGUACCUUUUAGAUUAUUUCCAAUCGAGAGUAUGAAGUAUUGGCUACUUAAACUCCUUCGAAAAUAUAUCCCUUUAUAACUCUACCAGAUUAAAAUUUGCUUUAAAAAUAUUCAAAUGAUACUACGAGCAAAUUAGAGAUCAUUAAAACAGAUUUUUAACAAAUAGUAGACAGAUAUAACUCACAUAAUCUAAACUAUUUACUAGCCAAUAACAUGACUAUAAAUGAAUACUUUGAUAGAGGACCUAUUAGCUUUAAUUAAUCAAUCUAUUACACACUUAGAAAUUUUCUUCUGAUGAUUUUCUAGUAUGCAAUUAUUAGAGUCAAUAGUUCAGAUGUGAUUAAUAAUAUACUUACAAAUUAUUAUCAGUUUUAUACAGAAUUUAGUAGCUAUUUAACAGAAAGCUAUAACUUAAGUUAAUAGUCAUUAUCAGAUACUAUUUCUUUUAUGUAUAUGACUAUGAUUUUGGUUUUUUCUGUUUCAUUAGGAAAUAUCAUAAGCAUGUCUCCAAUUUAUUAUUAUAAUCAAGUCAAAAUAGAAGAGUUUUUAAAAUUGUUUUCUACUUUUCCAAAAGAUAAAAUAGAAAGUAUGAUUGAAAUAUACGAAGAAUCUUUUAUUUUUGUUUCAAACUUGUAAUCUGGUUUCAAACAAGAAAAAAACUAAGAUUUUAACUUCAAUCAGGAAAUUAAAUAUAAAAAGAGGUCAAUUAGUAAUACAACUAACUUUAGUAAAAUGAAAAUUUGGAUCAUUAUAAUCCAACUGCUCUCAUUCUGUCUAUUUUCUAUUUAUCCUUUUGUUAAGUAUAUUUACGGUUAUUAAACAUAUGAUUACUUUAAUUAUGGGUCAAGUGAACUUUAUAUUUUCGGCAAAUCUACAUUCCUCUGGAGUGCAUCUUAAGGUUUACUUUAUGCUAAUACAAACUUAUUUCUUUAAAAUCAAAGCAACAAAGCCAGCUCAACUCUUUAAGAUUUUAUGAAUAAAUUGAUUUAAGAUAACUAAUCACUUAUAAAUGAUUUCUAUUCAUUGCAGGGCUAGUUUAAUUAAAAAAGAUGGUAUUAAGGUUAAUUUAACUCAAUUAUUUUAAACUCUUUCCAAAAAGAUGCUUGUUCUAGUGUUUAUAAUAAUCUAAGCUUUUUAACUACUUCUCAGCAAGUAAAUACUUAAAAAUCUAGUUUAGACGAGUGCAAUUAAAUGAAUAAUAGCAUUUUCACUAACGGAAUAAUGUUUGUCUUAAAAAAUUACUUUUCCAUAAUAUAAGAAGUCUGGUCUGAUUUAUUUAUAAAUUAGCAAGUUAUGAAUACAUUUGUUUAAAUUUACAGAAGUCUAGAUUCAAAGUAUGAUUUCAAUACUAUAUAAGAAAGCUAUUUAGUUUUUGAAGCAAUUUUAGGAGCUGUUUUAGAUGCAAGCCUGAAUAUUUUACUAGGAAUUAGCUCUUAAUUAUAUUAAAUAGAAAUUAAUUUAUUUGUUUAUGCUUCAAUUGUGAUAUUUUUGAUAUUUGGUAUAGGCUGGUAUUAUUUUAUCAGAAAACUUCAAUCAAGUUUAAAUCAAGCAAAAUAAAUUCUGUGCUUAAUGAGUUUUGAAUCUAUUAUCGAAAACCCCUACAUUAUGAGCUACGUUUCUAAAAAUACUUAGUUGGAUGUUUGA